AUGCGGGAGGACGAAGGGGACGUGGGUAGGUCAGCCGGUGGCCUCGCCUCCGUAGGGUCGCUGAUACUGGAGGCCGGCCCGAAGGCGGAGGCGGCGAAGCUGCUGCCCUUCCUGGCGCUCGGGGCGCGGGCCGACCUGCAGGCGGCGGCGGCGCAGCAUGUGCUGGCGCUGACCGGCUCGGGGCCCGGCCGUACGCUGCUGGCCGGCCAGGCGGCACUGCUGCGGGCUCUGGUCGAGCUGGCGGUGGCCCCUGCUCCCGCCCCGGCCCGAGACGCCGCUCGCGCGCUAGUCAAUUUGGCCGCCGACCCUGGCCUGCACGAGUCGCUGCUGGCGGCCGAGCCCGGACUACCUGCCCGCCUGCUGGGCUGCGCUUUGGACCCACAGUGGCCCUGGGCCGAGGAGGCGGCCGCCGUGCUGGCUAACCUCAGCCGCGAGCCGGUGCCAUGUACUGCGCUGAUGGCGGCGCUGGCGGCCGCUGAGCCCGGGGAGUCGGGCCUGGAGCGGCUGGUGCUCGCGCUGUGCACUCCUGGCUACAACGCCCGCGCGCCCCUGCACUACUUGGGGCCAAUGCUCUCCAACCUCAGCCAGCGUCCUGCGACGCGCGCUUUCCUGCUGGACCCCGACAGGUGCGUGGUCCAGCGGCUGCUGCCCCUUACCCAAUACCCGGACUCCUCGGUGCGCAGGGGCGGGGUGGUGGGGACACUGCGAAACUGCUGCUUCGAGCACCGACACCAUGAGUGGUUGCUUGGGCCUGAGGUGGACAUUCUCCCCUACUUGCUACUGCCCCUGGCUGGGCCUGAGGACUUCUCCGAGGAGGAGAUGGAGCGGCUGCCCGUUGACCUGCAAUACCUGCCACAAGACAAGCAGCGAGAUCCUGAUGCCGACAUCCGCAAGAUGCUCAUUGAGGCCAUUAUGCUGCUGACGGCCACGGCACCUGGUCGGAAGCAGGUGAGGGACCAGGGAGCCUACUUGAUCCUGCGCGAGCUGCACAAUUGGGAGCCAGAGCCCGAUGUGCGGGUGGCUUGUGAGAAACUCAUCCAGGUUCUUAUUGGGGAUGAGCCAGAGCAUGGCAUGGAAAACCUGCUGGAGGUGCAAGUACCUGAGGAUGUUGAGCGACAGCUGCAGCAGCAGGACCGCCAGGCAGAGCAGUGCGAGCGGUGCAGCAGCAGCUGGAGCUGUGGCCCCAGAGACGCGCGCAGAGGGAGCUGCACCCACCUGAGGCCCGCGAAGCCUGCCGCCAGCUCCGGGCCCACCUUUGCUCGCCAUCCGUCCAGGCCUCCCAGACCGGCAAGAAUGCUGGUUGUUCAGAGGACUGUUCAGCCAGAGCUGGCCCAACCCUAUGAUUUGCUCAGGUAUCUCCACGGGGAUGGCCAGCAGGGCCGGACAGAAAAACACUGCAAGCCCGAGGGGCUAGCUGGAGCUUCCCAGUCCCAACGCUAG